AGGCGGUAACUUUAGAUGGUGUGGAGGAAGCUAACGCAUCUGUCUGUUAGUCAUAUCAGAACUAAAAUGCCUGAACCCGCCAAGUCUGCGCCCAAGAAAGGCUCCAAGAAAGCGGUGACUAAAACCGCCGGCAAGGGAGGAAAGAAGAGGAAGAGGACCAGGAAGGAGAGCUAUGCCAUCUACGUGUACAAGGUGUUGAAGCAGGUCCACCCCGACACCGGGAUCUCCUCCAAAGCCAUGAGCAUCAUGAACUCGUUCGUGAACGACAUCUUUGAGCGCAUCGCUUCUGAAGCGUCCCGUCUGGCGCACUACAACAAGCGCUCUACCAUCACCUCCCGGGAGAUUCAGACCGCUGUCCGCCUCCUGCUGCCUGGUGAGCUGGCUAAGCACGCAGUGUCUGAGGGCACCAAGGCUGUCACCAAGUACACCAGCUCAAAAUAAAUCGCUCCGCUUCUGAUCAAACCAAAGGCUCUUUUA